AUGGAACGGAUCCCUGAAAACUUGAAUUUCGGAGUUCAACUCGGAGAUGACAUAGUAUUUGAGAUACUAACAUGGCUCCCCGCUAAGUCUCUAAUGCGAUUCAGGUGCGUUCUUAAAGCUUGGAACACUUUGAUACGAUGCGAUCCUGACUUUGUCAAGUCCCACAUUGCUCGUUCUCAUGCUCGUCCCUCUGCCACUCACCUCUUGUUUCAACUGUUUAUUACUCCUCAUGUUCUCCAAACAACACACGGACUAGAAAGAUUUCCUUUACAGCUCGCGCCUCAUCAUUAUUCAGACACAAUAUCGGAGAUCAUUACGUGCUCAAAUCAUUGCAACGGCCUUGUUUGUUUUUAUUCUUAUAAAGAUAGGUCUCGAGUUUAUAAUAGGUCUCAAAUUUAUUACUUAUACAAUGUCACUACGGGGGAGAUCAAAGCUUUGCCAUCCUCUCUAAUAAAUUGUUCUGGGCAUACUUGUAAGAUGCUUCUGGGAUUUGAUAUGGUCAUGGAAAGAUACAAGUUGCUUCAUGUUCUCAACUACAAUAGUUGGCCAACGGUGGAGAUUCUAACUCUAGGAACGAACUCUUGGAGAGAAAUAGAAUUAAUUCCUAGAAAGUCUUUACGAAAAUAUUUUGCUGGGGAUUGUAUUUUCCUCGAUGGGAUACUUUAUUGGAGGAAAUAUUCAUCCAAUAAUUCCUUGAACUACUUCGACUUCAUAAAGGAGAAGUUUGGGAUUCUUUCACCCCCAGAACACAUCAAUACAAAACCAACUACAUUGUGGGAAAAACUGCCUUUGUAUUCACCUUUCCGCAAUAGAUAUGAGAAGUGUCACUUGAUAUCGGACGAGGUCAACAAGGUUUUUAUGAAAUUUAACUCUGAUGAUCCCAAUUUGAAAAAGGUUGCCACCUUGCAGCUUGAACCAGAAAUGAGUGACGAGACAGAGUAUGUGUUAGCUACAUCAAGCUUUAUUGGUGCCCCUGCUAUAUUGAUGUUCCCCAAUGGUUUACGGUUUAGACGUGCAAGCAGUUUUGUUGAGAACAUUAUCCCAUUAUCAUUUAUUGAUGAGGUUUAA